GCCGCAACGACGACAAUGACGACCCCUGGAUCUCGGCAGACCGUGAACGAGCGCAUCGACAGCAUCUUGGACGACUUUUGCCGGGCGUCAAUCGAGAAUCCCGACGGCGGCGCCGACAACGAUGAGAAGAUGGAGGAAACGAAGCGACUAUCGCAGCUGUACCACGUCGCCCUGGACGACCGGUUUCUUAAGUCGCGCGUGCAGUUGCUACCGUCGCCCGUGUCUCGGGGGCGGCAAUCUGCCAUCUCCCGCCAGAAGUACAGCCGCGAACGCGCGGCGCUCCCGCCCACCGCCAUCGCCCUUGCAGUGACCCCCCCUUCAACAAUCCACCAAAAUGGGGGCACCGACGCCCCCGUGUAUUCGCCCAUCAGGGCGUCGCAAAGCACGUCCAAGCUGGAUCAACUGCAGAAACAACCGUGGUAUAUGGGCCACAACAAUGUGGCCACGGGGCCAGCAUGUACUCUGCAAGCGAAGACCAAACGGUGCGAUUCCUAUGAUUUCGUUGUGUUGGUUGUUGAAGAGGAGGCCAAUGAAGUGCGGCCGACUUGUGUGGCCUGACGGGUGUAGGUAUGGAGCUCGGGGCGCAGUGCAGCUGACGGCGGCCGCCACUGUGGCCGGCACCGUGCCAGCGCUACACCGUACGAAGCUGCACCCAACGACGUCGUUGGGUGCAGGAUUACAAGACCUGGCGAGGUUUCAACACCCAGAUACGUGGAGUCCGACGUUAAACGGGAGUCCCACGAUGUGGUCGGAAGAGGCUGCGUUUGUGUAUGGCGCGCCGCUGGCGUUUCACAACACGCGGCAGCCACACUUGCAAUCGACAUCGAAAACAAAGGUGCCAUUGCGACCAGCCGACGACCACGCUUUGCACGUGAAUGCGAAAACUAGGGCCGAGCUGCGGCAGCUCCACGCGUCGUUGCUGCAAGAGCAAGCCGUGGAGCGAACCAAGUGCGCCGCGAGCCGCGAAAUCCUCGACGACGUGAUGGAGGAGCAGCAGCAACGCAUCAAGCUCAGCCAACACCAUGCCAAAGUGCCAGCAAAAGCCAUGAAGGACUGGACGUUGGUUCCAACUACGGGGCCCCCUCGAGUGGCGGCGAUUUCCACGAAGUUAAUGCAGUGCAAGUACGAAUUGCGGUGGAAAACGAUGUUCUUGCUAGUCGACGCUAUGCGACGAAGUGUGUUUAACCGCCCGCUGCUGCAAGAAUUAGCCCUUCUCUUGGAAAGAAUAGCCGACCACGGCACAAGACACCAGCGGUCAAAUCCAUAUGAACUGACGCGGGAUCAAUGCCGAGACUUGUUUGCAAAGGAGUAUCCAGCCUUCGGAGUCGCAAACUUCAAUCUCAUGUACUCGUCGUUCGACCCGACUCACACGGACCACCUGGACAUGCGCGACGUGAUAUCCACGCUCAAGGCACUGCGCAUGUCCAACGCCAACACUCGCGCCAGCAGCAUGAAGGACGUCGUGAUGGAGCUGAUCGGCAUGUAUGCCAACGCCUCUGCCGUGUAUGUGUACCACGUCCAGCGCGUGCUUUGCUCGUUUUGUGGCUCCACGGACGACGAAGACGCGCUCGUUGCUCGCAUCACCGCCUUGUUUCACAUGUACCGGCCCUUUCGGAACCUGCAUGGACGAGUGAACAUGGACGACGUGGACACGUUCUUGGGUGACCAGUCGGCACUCGUGGAUGUGUUUACAGAAAACUUGAUCGCGCGGCGGCGGCAGGUCAACUCGCAAUCCCUGCAUGACGAUCGAAGGUCGUGAAAUCGCGCAAAAUAGUUACUAUUGUAAAUUCUGUAUAAACUUCCAAAAUUUGAACUCCAGGUACAGCCGUUUUGGAUGUUCAAGAUGUUCAAGGCCAA